CGUAUUACGAAUUUCCAAAUAUCGGCUCUAUAGUUAACCGCGUCUCCUUCAACAAGAUGAACUAGACGAAAAAUCAAAGUGACGCGGGUAAAGGACAAGAAUAGCAAACAAUCAUGGUAUUAAGUCAAGGGCUAAUGCAGCUUAAGGAUGAGCAAAUGUCGGAGAAAAGCGAGGCGAACUCAAUCGAAAGCGAAAAUCCAGCGAGAAUCGAGGACAUUUUCGAGUGGAUCGAUGGCAUUCCCCUCUCCAAAACUACCAAAAAUCUCGCUCGUGAUUUUUCCGACGCCGUGCUGAUGUCCGAAAUUCUCAAGUUUUACUAUCCGAACCUCGUAAACUCACACAACUACAUACCGGCGAACAGCAUUCAAAAUAAGAAGGAAAAUUGGAACACACUGAAUCGCAAAGUUUUGACGAAGAUCGAUUUGCGCCUGAAUCAAGAGACCAUCGAUCAAUUGGCGCACUCGCAGGUGGGCGCUAUUGAGAGGCUUCUCAAUGAGUUUCGCGACAAACAGAUGGCAACGAAAAUUAAGGACACCGAUUUCAGCGAUGUUAAUCUGCAUCAUUUGGAACGACCGCGAACGGUAACUACGCAAAAGAAAGUUGAAGACGAGCCGCGCAACGAAAGAUCCAUAUUUUCUAGAAUGCUCGGAGCGAUUGUACAUUUUUUCGCUACAAUUUUUGGAAUAAUCUUGGCUAUAUUAUGCUUUUGGCGAUGGUUCUCGAGAAAAUCCAAGCCACAAUCCGUCAAACUGGAAUCCAAAGCUCUACCUGAAUCGGAAGAGCAACGGCACGAAGAUGAGUUAAGCCAUUUACGCGAGUCAUACGCUCAGACGCUGGAAGAACUACGCGUAAAAGCAGAUGUGAUAAAAACUUUGUGCCACAAAGUUGCAUUCCUUGAGGGAACGAUGAAGCUCAAAGACAUGAAAAUCAGUGGGCUGGCGAAUCAACUCGACGCCCAGCAGCAAUUCCAAAUGCAGCAGCAGCAGCAACUCCAAGUACCGGAAUUGUCGGCUAAGUCUAACGCAGCCUCCAAUCCAACGACGAAGAUAAGAAAGAGGCCGCGAACGCAAAUCUAAAGCGGGAAGCGCAACACUCGCACUCUCGCGAAUGUGCAUUAAUGAUCAAUAACAGGUCAACGAAAUAGGACUUUGGACAAGCCAUCAAAAGCAUAGAGAUCUUUCUCUUUUUAGCAUCGCGUAAGAAAAUGCUGCCGACGAAAUUUGUUUCUGAGAUUUGAAUUGAAGAUGGAUAAAAAUUCUCAUUAUUCCAC